UACACAAAAGCUGAGGCGAAAUGUCAAAAUAGCCGACUGUCAACUGGAGUGAGUUCCCACUGUCCUCAUUUUUCGAAUUAUAACUUCGCAAAUUAUUAAAAAUGGGCAAGAAAGACAAAAAUAAGAAGAAAGGCAAAGGCGCAGAGAAGACUCAAAUGAAAACCGACAAAAAGCUAGCAGCAAAGCAGAAAAAAUUACUGGCAAAACUUGGAGAAGCAGAUAUCCAAGAAGUUGUAGCGAAAUUAGAAGCUGAGGAGCAAAGGCUAAAAGAAGUGACCGAAACAGUAUGUCCUCCCCCGUCGGCGCGGUCGAGCUUUUCCUUUUGCGCUCAUCCCGAAAAGGAAGAACUGAUCCUGUUUGGAGGAGAAUUCUUCAAUGGACAGAAAGUUUGUGUUUACAACGAUCUUUACUUUUAUAACAUCCCGAAAAAUGAAUGGAAGCUAGUCAAGUCGCCUAGCGGUCCGGCUCCGCGAAGUGGCCAUCAAAUGGUUACGGUUGCUGCUGAUGGUGGACAGCUUUGGCUUUUCGGCGGCGAAUACGCAAGCCCCUCACAAGCACAAUUCUACCAUUUCAAAGAUCUGUGGGUCUUCCGGUUGAACACGAAGAAAUGGGAGAAGGUAAAUGCUCCCAACGGGCCUUCAGCGAGGAGUGGCCAUCGUAUGGUGGCUGCCAAAAAGAAGCUUUUCAUCUUUGGAGGAUUCCACGACAACAACACUUCGUAUCAGUACUUCAACGACGUCCACGUCUUCUCCCUGGAGAGCUACGAAUGGCUAAAAAUCGAAAUUGCGGGAGCAAUCCCACCCGCACCUCGUUCCGGUUCGUGCAUAGCGGCGGCUCCCGAUGGUCGGAUUUUGAUCUGGAGCGGGUACACAAAGUCCAAAGUGAACAAGGAAGUCGAUCGGGGGAUAACACACGCUGAUAUGUUCGCACUUACACCGGACAAAUCAAAUCCCGCCACAAAAUUCAAAUGGGUAAGCGUUAAACCAGGCGGCUACCGACCCCAUCCGCGAAGUGGUAUUGCCUUCACAACAGCACCAAAUGGCAAAACCUAUUGCUUCGGUGGCGUCAUGGACAUCGACGAAGACGAGGAGAACAUUUCUGGGCAAUUUGGCAACGAUUUGUACUACUUAGAUUUGAGUUCGACCACUUUCCGCCUCGUCGAGGUUGUGAAGAAAGCUGGGAAGUCAUCUAAGGCUGGCGACGGAUCCCAGGAAGUUGAAAUGGCAGAAGACGCGCCAGUAGCUGCUUCUACGACUGUAACUACUGACGGAAUUUUCACCGUCACAGUCGGCGGAAGUUCGAGUAACGCCAGCAACAAAGGUAAAAUCGCGUCCUUGUUUGAUAAACUGAAACCGAAACCAGGUCCUCAUCCACGAAUGAACGCUGGAAUGACCAUUUGCAAGGGAACCUUAUACCUGUACGGUGGCAUUUACGAGGAGGACAAGAAACAGAGCACGCUUGGCGAUUUCUAUGCAUUGGAUCUACACAAGCUGGACGAAUGGAAAGCUCUGAUUUCCGACACUUCACGCUCCCAUGAAUGGAUUGAUUCCGGCAGUGAGGGAAGCGACAGUUCUGGAAGUGAAAAUAGUGAUAGUAGCGAUGAUAGCUCGGAUUCCGAAAUGGAUACUGAUUAGACGAUGUUUGUUGCUGUAUACUCUCGUAAAUAAGUCCGUUUUUAUAAUAAAUCCAAAUAAAAGUUGAUCUGUUCUGCGA